ACCGUGAGGAUCAAGGAGCAGUGUUGAGAUGUGGUGAUCUCCUCUCUCCCUCGGUAUUGCGAAAGAAAACGGCAGAUCUUAAAAUGCUGUCCCUGGUUUGGGUUCUGGUCACGUGUACGUGGGUCCAGAUCCAUGUGACUUUGGGCCUGCGUGACUGCCCUGUCACCCCACGAAAGGAUUUGGAUUUUUCAACCACCUACUCACCACCUGUUUUUCAAACAUCGAAACCCAUUCAGAACAUUGUAGUCAACGACGAUCUGAAAGAAAUUUACGUCGCCUCAAAGAACGUGAUCGAGGCCUUGAACAGUCAGCUGGUGAAGAUAUGGGACCUGAGGACGGGUCCAGCUGGGAGCCCAGAGUGUCAGACCUGUGUCUGUGAUGUUGAACCGGAUCCCAAUGCGCCACUGGACACCGACAGUGAGGUUUUGCUCCUUGACCCGCUCCCAUACUUGCCAUACUUGUAUACUUGUGGAAGCAACCAAUAUGGCGUCUGCACCUUCCACGUGCUUCAAAGCGACGGUAAACCGCCCUCAUCAUCUCAUUGUCUCUUCACGAAGGAGAGAAACUCCCUUGAAAUGUGCCAGGAUUGCAUCGCUAGCCCUCUAGGCACGAAGGUGAGCAUCUUCGAAGACGGCCAAACCGUGUACUUCUUAGUGGCCGCCACGGUCAACAGCACGAUCGCAGGAUCUUACGGCAGGCAGUCCGUCUCCAUCCGACGGCCCUUAAACACAGAGGACGGAUUUGACCGGAACGUAAAGGGGCUGACCGUGUUACCAAAGUUUCAGGAUUCGUACCGUAUCGACUACAUCUACACCUUCUCCACCUUAGGCUACGUCUACGUUCUCUCCGUGCAGAGGGAAAACCCGGACAGUAACGUGAUGCAGACCCGUCUUGGCCGGCUCCCGGUGAAGGACAGCGAGACAUGGAUGUACAGAGAGAUCAUUCUGGAAUGUCGGUUUUUGCCCAAACGGCGACGACGGAGUUAUCAGGACGUGGUGUUUAAUCUCCUUCAGGCUGCCCAUUUUAGCGUUGUGGGGAGGGACUUGGCUGCCGAGCUGGUGGUGCCAGAGGACAGUAAGAUUCUUUACGGGGUGUUCGGAGUGGCGGAUGACUCUGGGAAAUCUCAGAGAAGGUCGGCGUUAUGUGCCUUUUCCAUGGAGUCUGUGAACACGGCUAUAGAGCUGGGAGUGGAUGCGUGCUGUUCGAGCGCAACGGAGCAGCUCUCUCGAGGCCUCUACCAUUUCCAGGACGGUUAUAAUUGUCCUCACGAGAACGCUGAGGACAGUGUGACGUGUAGGGACAUGCCGACCAUGGUGUCUCAGCCGUAUUACAGAGUGGACCUCUUCAACGGGCAGAUGACAGACGUACUCUUCACCUCGGUGCUGGUCACUACCAUUGGCACCAGUACCGUGGCACACCUUGGCACUGACCAAGGCAGACUGCUACAGUUCAUCUUGAGGCGAACCUCCAUCAUUUUGUUUGCCAACUACUCUCUGACUGGAGAGGACCAGAGCGUGUCUCCCACAGCGGCCGUCCAGUCAGACCAGUCCCUGCUCUUUGUGGUGGGAAACAAGCUGGUCAGUGUGGUUCCUAACGGACCGGGCUGUGCCCAUUUCCUGACCUGUUCUAAGUGUUUGAAAGCGCCCAGGUUUAUGAACUGUGGCUGGUGUGGAGGUGUCUGUACGAGGCAGCUGGAGUGUGAUGGACAGUGGACUAACCGUUCCUGCCCACCGGUUCUCACGAAGUUUUUCCCCCAGACAGCGCCCCCUGAUGGGGAGACAGAAUUAACACUGUGUGGGUGGGAGUUCCAGUCAACUGUUAACCCAACAAUAAAUCAGAAAACUCACCAGAUCAGAGUAGGACAGACUGACUGCCUAGUGCUGCCAGUGAAGAGCCACAGUUCCCAACUCGUGUGUAGGCUGCAACGUGAGGCGUCAGGGCUGGCUCAGCGCGUGAACAUCUCCCUGGAGGUGGAUGAAGGAGAGGUGGUGGGCCGUUACUCCAUCCGUGGACAAGCCCACAUCGAUGGCUUCACCUUCGUGGUUCCCUCUGUAACAGGCAUCAGUCCGGACUACGGGCCGAAGAUAGGAGGCACUAGAGUUACCAUCUCUGGCACUCAUCUGAACGCGGGAGGGAACCGCACCGUUACUCUUGGGAAACAACCAUGUCGCAUAGAAAACUCCACAACAAGUUCUGCGUCCGACAGUGAGAAGUCCUCCAUUGUGUGUGUCUCUCAGGGCGUGUCAGAUGUUGGGGAGGUGCCAGUGGUGUUUGCCAUUGACCAAUCAAAUGUCCCCAUCUCCAAGGUGUUCCAGUAUAAGGAGAAUCCUGUGGUAACAGAGGUUUAUCCUGCCUGUGGCUUCACCAGCGGAUCCAAAAUUAUCAUCAAAGGCCGCAAUCUGGAUUCCGUCCACCAAACCAUCAUCCGCUACAAACCCAAAAACAGACAUUUGCCAAGAAGUUCUCAGGUGUGCAGACGGGCGGCAAACCCGACUCAGAUGGAGUGUGUGAGUCCGCGGUGUGAGGAGUCAGAGGGGUUUCUCUCACUGGACAUGGACGGAGCCAUCAACCUCUUCAGCCGGCCGUUCACCUGUCAGCCUGACGCCAAACCCAUCCCCAUCGAGAAGGAGGGAAACAUUCUCAAACUCAGGCCCGGGCAGGAUGAGGUUUCUCUGCACCACGUGAAGCUCAGCCUGGUGAGCAAAUGCAUGCAGAUCGUCAUGACCGUGGGAGGAAUUGACUGCAAAGCCGAAAUCUUGGAAAAUGAAAUCACCUGCCGGAUCCCCAAAAACAUGACCAUACCCAGCGAGGGAGUCCGGGUCAGGGUCCUGGUGAAUGGGAAGAUCCAUGAGGUGGGCUGGGUGGUUCUGGAAAACAGUAACCCCAUAGUGGGCAUGGUUUUGGGAAUUUUGGCUGCGUUGGUAUUGGGCGCUGUACUUGCCUUCAUGGUUAUGAGACAUUGCCAGAAGAGGAAGAAAGUGGAGUUGGCGGAGAGAGAGUUAUCGCGACUGUCCAGUCACUAUCGUCCAGGCUCUAACCCGAACUCUUUGCCCGAAGGGGACUACAGACGAGGGCUGUCGAGCAGCCCCUCGGCCUCUGGCACCGUGGCGUUCUCCGGCCUGGCGUACGCCGCCUUCGACCCCGCCUCCACGCCGCUCAUGUCCGCCGACAGGAUCUCCAGCGUGACGCUCCGCCCCGAGCUCCUGGAGGAGGUGAAGGACGUGCUGAUCCCAGCCGAGAAACUCAACCUGCAGCACCAGCAAGUCAUCGGCAAGGGUCAUUUUGGGACGGUGUACCAUGGCUACCUCACUGACAGCAGCAAUCAGGAAGUCCACUGUGCGGUGAAAUCAUUAAACCGGAUCACUGAUCUGGAGGAAGUAGAGCAGUUUCUCAGGGAGGGGAUCUUGAUGAAGGCUUUUCACCACCCCCACGUGCUCUCACUACUGGGCAUUCUGCUCCCUGCUCAGGGGCUCCCUCUAGUGGUGCUGCCAUACAUGAAACACGGAGACCUACGGCACUUCAUCCGCAGUGAGGAGAGGAGCCCCACAGUAAAGGAUCUGAUUGGCUUCGGGCUUCAGGUUGCCAAGGGAAUGGAGUACCUGGCACACAAAAAGUUUGUCCACAGAGACCUGGCUGCACGGAACUGCAUGUUGGAUGAGUCGUUCACGGUGAAGGUUGCUGAUUUUGGCAUGGCCAGAGACGUGUAUGAUAAGGAAUACUACAGUGUACAAAACCAUAAGAAAGCCAAGCUGCCUGUCAAGUGGAUGGCCAUUGAGAGCUUACAGACACAAAAAUUCACCACCAAGUCUGAUGUGUGGUCAUUUGGUGUUUUGAUGUGGGAGUUGAUGACCAGAGGAGCCAGCCCAUACCCUGAUGUCGACCCGUAUGACAUCACACAUUACCUACUGCAGGGCCGACGACUAGCACAGCCACAAUACUGCCCAGACUCACUUUACUCCAUCAUGCUGCAGUGCUGGGCUCCAGAGUCCGAGUUCCGACCCGAUUUCUCCGCCCUGGUGGAGGAAGUAAAGCUGAUCCACUCCGCCCUGGAGGGAGAGCACUACGUCAACCUCAACGUCACCUACGUCAACCUGGAUCAGCCCCGCCCCUACCCCAACCUCACCCCCUCCUGCCCCUCCCACUCAGAUUCAUACUCCUCCACCUGACGGAGAGGGAGAGAGAGAGAGAGAGAGAGAGAGAGAGAGAGAGAGAGAGAGAGAGAGAGAGCACACUCCGAUGAGUAUUAGUGAAGAGUACUUCUACAGUCAAACACCGUCCAGGGUCAAAGCUUCAGUAGCUCAGUAGCAGCCUGUUGGAGGCAGGAGACAGAGCAGCGUGCUGCCCUCUUUAGUGAAUAUGCUUGAUGGGAAGGUGACUGUGCCGGUCAGGACAGCUGCCUGGGUAAGACUGAAGUGUGUGCACAGCGCGCUGAGAGCUGUCAGGGACAGCCACUGAAACACAGCCUUGCUUUUGCACAGGAGGUUAAACAGGGCUUUUUUUUUUAUUCCCAGUCAAACGGACCUUUGUUAUUUUAUUUCUACUGGCCUGUUCAUGCUUCGGAAUCAGAGCUUCUUUCAAACAGUUGCAGUUCUCAGCCUUCUGUUUGAAAGAAUGAAUGUUUGUUUGUUUCUCGUUCUGUUAUUCAUCUUAAAAAUGAAUUAUCCAAAGUUGUUACAAUACUGUGCAGCACUAUACGAUCACAGUGUAUCAUUACUUGACCUGCCUUUUCAGAAAACAUAAUACAGAUCGACUAGGAUCAAUCAACUGUAAAAGCGAAUGAUUUUUGUUACUGUGUUUUUAUGCUGCUUGUUUUUUUCUAGAUUAUGCUGUAGCUGAAACGUGUUGAAAACAACAGCUGUUUAUUUAUUGUGUGUGUGUGUGUGAUGAUGGAGAUGGGGUGUAAUCUGUUUUUGUAAUCAUAUUUUUUUAUUGGCUUUUCACGUAGUAGACAUCAGUGCAGGAUCACAGCAGUAAACAU